CGUUGAUUCAAAACCAUAUAGCUCCCAACUAUCGCAAAUCAACAUGACUGCUCAAAUACUUGCGCGAACCAGGAAUCAUGGUGCUUGUAGACCCGGCGAUUACGGCUAAGACGGAGAGGCUGCUCAUACGGCCUCUUCUAAUGGAAGAUGCUGUUGACAUCAACAUUAUGAGAUCCAACCCAGAGGUUAUGAAGCACACACCAAUUAUCGCCUCCGAUGAUCUCGACAAAUCCAAAGCCUGGAUCCAAGGCUGCCACGACCGUGACAAUUGCUGGAACUUCGUGAUGGAACUCCUCCCUUCCGCACCUCAAUGGAGCCCCGAUGGACCACGCGUUAUAGGGUUGAUAGGAGCUGUGCGGGCCCCAGAAGUCGGAUACAUGUUGAACCCCAACCAUUGGGGCAAAGGAUAUGCGACCGAAGCGCUGCGUGCUUUUCUACCGCUCUUCUUCGAUCACUUCUCAGGAGGAGAGUACAUUAGGUACGAAUACGCCGAGGCUUUGACGGACCCAGAACUAGUUGCGAGCCAGAACGUGUUACAAAAGGCUGGGUUCACUUUGCUGGAGAAAAGAGAGAAGGACUUUGAAAAUCCUGUACUUGGCUGGAGGGACACAUUGGUCUUCCGCUGCCCGCGACCAGGCGGGUCGGUUGAGGAAGCACCUUCGACGACUGUUCCCGCUGGAGUCGCAUGAACGCAUUUCACAUGAACACCCGUUUAUUGUGGCACGUUUCGAAGCAUGCCGUGCCUCUUGAUAGAUGAUUACGAUAGUGCAUCAACCAUCUUUUGCUCACAUGAGCAUAUCAGAUGGGGUGUUCUGUUGAGGUUCGCCUCUCCUCUACGUCAACUCUGAAUCAACGUCCACCAUUCUCAUUACAGCAAGUGGCGAACAAACUACUACAGUCAUAUACUACAUGUCUUUCCCUUCUUCUGAGUCAUAGAAAAUGAAUAUCCCCUAUCGCUACCGUUAUUUUAAUAUCAGGGCUCGUGGCGUUGUUACGGCUGAGCAAUGUCUAUGCGAAUCACAUUGGAAUUCUCUACAUCAUAUUGGAGCUGAGCUUCUAGUCACGCAUUCCCAACCUUGCGCUAUGGAUUACCAGAACGCAAAGGGCUUCUUUAGUGCGCCGCUUUCUGUAU